UACCGAUUUUAGGUAACUUCUCAUCAUUCGUCAUUAUUAAGAAUACAAGAGCAGGCUCAAGAAAUGACAGUCAUAUAGUUUCUUACUGAAUUAAUUUGAGAUUUGGGUUGAGUCCGACUUGUAGAAUGAGGCUGGCACGCUGGCCUAUUAGGGCGAAGAUGAACGUCUUUUCCUACAUCAGGAAAGAUGCCCGAUUACUCAACGCAACCGUCUACGCGCAAUGGCUAUGCGUCCUCUCAGCCAUCUCCUGCAUAGUAAUAAGGAUAUGCUGGCUCAUUAGCGCCGAAACUCCCGCCCCCGACAACCGAUUAGAGUGGGUAGGCAUCGCGAUAAUGGUCGCGGACAUGAUCUUCUUCCCCACCGCCUCCGUAACCAUAGAGCUCUCGCACCUGCUGCGCUCCCGCUGGCUCGCCCUCCUCGGGAUCUUCUAUUGCACGUUACGGCUCUUCACCGGCUUCAUAUUCACCGCCACAGUGACCGCCGAGGGCCCCUCAGGCCCCUUCCUCUUCCUCGGCAUGGCGCGCGUGGUCGCUACGUACUACGGUCUCAUCCUCCCGUACGUCCCGAACAAAACCCCCUUCGAAUCCGAGGCCCGCCCCGUCUCGAACAUGGAGUCCGUCCCCGUGCGCGCCUGCUUCUACCUCGCGUACUCCCUCACCCUCCCCUAUGCCACCCGCGUACCCCCCUUCGCCGAGCGGCUGUUCAGACAUGCCACCCCGCAUCUGUACCAAGUCGAUUUCCUGGCUAGGUACGCGUUACCGUCGUUGUUCGAGCCCGCAACUGUGUUUGCGCUUUUGGCUUCGCUGGCGUAUUGGAUGGCUUUGUUCUUCAGGCAGGAGUACGUGUUUAGUCGCACGUUGGGCGGACCCGGGGUUGAACGGUUGACGUUUAUUCGCCCGGGACGCGUGCAGACGGUUGAUUCGAUUGGAUUGGAGGAGGGGAGGAUUAGGUUGCCGUGAUUGUUUAAGGGGAGAUGUAGAAUUGGAAAGAGGGUUGACUGGGUGAAUGAAUGCAUUUGUAAGAUUUAGCAUAAGCUAGGCGUUUAAGGUUUGGUUGUCAUGGUUUAUUGUAUGUUUAGUUGAAGGUUAUUUCGGGACGAGUGCUAUGGCCGACCUGAUACCCACUUGGGCUCGAUUCACACUCCGUAUAUGAUUAACAAGUGCCUUUUUAUUCUGCA